AAGAAAUCCUCUGUUUUUUUAUACACUUCCUCCUUUAACGAAUCACUAAAUAAUACUUUAUUAAAAUGACUACUAACAUGAACUUUGGUCCCGAAUGGAUGCGUGGCAGUUUCCCCAAACAUAACAACAGCAAUAGCGGUUUCGCGUCUUCCGAUAUAUUAGAUUCUCUUAUGCCUUUUGAAGACCAACACGCCUUUAAAUAUUCCAAGGACUUUAUGCUCAGCUUGUAUAAGCCUGAUUCUCAAUUGCCUUCUGAUUUUAAUCAACACGAGUACGUCACUACUGACAAAAUCUUGUGUCCAUUGGCUUUUGAAGAAUUAACAGAAUCCGAGAAAAAGCUUCUUUCUGGCCCUGUCCAUUCCGAAGUAUCACGCCGUGGUGAUAAAGCAAAUGGUGGGAGACAUCGCUCUGACUUGUAUUCGGGUGCUAGUCCAAUGCAAAGCCCUGCCUCUGAGAAUGGGCCUGGUCGAUUAGCUGGCGCACGCAAAGGUCGUACCGGGGAUUACUUCAACAAGGACCAAUCCUUGAAGCGUGUUGAAAGUGACUUGCUGAAAAGACGCGAUCAAGGUGAUGACAUGACUUUGCCAUUGAAUAAGUUGGAUGACGAAGGGAAGGAACCUAACUGGGGCAAAGGCAGUCUUGGUGCAUUUGGCAGUGGUGGGUUAUUUGGCAGUGAUAAUUCAUUUAAGUCUGAAGCUCCCUUUGCCAGCACCACCUCGGAUUUGGGUGGCUUGUCAAAUGUCAAGAAACCUGAGGAAACCAAGUGGUAUUAUCGUGAUCCCUCUGGACAAGUCCAAGGACCUUUUGAAGCGCAAGAAAUGCAAGAUUGGUAUAAAGCUGGCUUCUUUACUCCUACUUUAAUGCUUUGUCGGGAGGAUGAAACUGUAUUUGAAAGCUUGAUGGUACUCACUCAGAAAGUGGGUAAUGAGGAUCAACCUUUCUUAACUCCACGCCCAAGACCCACUGCAGAUAUUUUCAGUCCCCCAGAAAAUUUAUUUAGAAACGACUUGCAAUCGAGAUAUAUGCCUUUUGGAAGUCCAGCACCUACUACCCCUGGUGGAAGUAUUAUGGAUAGUUUCUUGGGUGGGAAUACACCAACCACGCCCCUGUAUCAAAGUCCUUAUAAUUACGGAGGAUCCCUGUUAAGAGAUAAUAGAUGGGACGCCAGUAGUCAGCCAAACCAAUCUCCUUCAUGGUUAAAUCCUAAUAAUCCUGCAAGUCAACUUGGCUUUAUGCCUCAACAACAACAACAGCAACACCAGCAACAACAGCAACAUCAACAACAGCAACAACAACAGCAACAGCAACAGCAACAGCAACAACAUAACCCUAUGUUUGGGUCUAAUAUGAACUCACCUGGCUUAUUUGAUUAUCAACGUGCUGUAAAUGAUCAAUUAGAACAGCAUCAACAAUACGCUCACAUCCUGCAACAAAAUCAACAACAAAGAUCAAUGCAAUUUCAACAACAAUUUAACCAAUUGCAACAACCUCCUCAACAACAACAACAAUCCAGUCCUUUGGAUACUUUCAAGAAUACUCAAUUAGAGAAUGUCACGAAUGCUAGUAGUAAUCACGCUUCUCCUGUUUUAAGACCUAAUAUUUUGACUGGUGGCUGGAACUCCUCUGCACCUGGUACUCCCAUAGGUGAAGUCCCUUCUAGCCCAUGGGGUUCUAUUGUUUCUGCUGCAAUCCCCACCAAAGUAUCCGAAGAAUUACAAGCCAAAGCACCUGGUGCUCAAUCUCCAAGAGCUCCUUCUUCUCCCAAGAAGCCCAUUGAAAAGCCCGCAAAGGUAAAGUCUCUCGUCGAAUCAUUUGCUGAUAUCCAAAUUGCUGAAGAAAAGAAGGCUGCUGCUCUUGCCGAAGAAAAGAGACUCGCUGGCGAAAAGAAGCUUGCCGAGGAAAAGAAACUCGCUGAAGAAAAGAAAGCCUACGAGGAAAAGAAGGCCGCUGAAGAAAGAAAGGUUGCCGAGGAGAAAAGAGCUGUUGAAGAGAAAAAGGCUGCUGCCGCCGCUGCUGCACAAGCCAUCGAAGAAGCUAAUGCAAAGGCUACACCAGCUCCUGUCAUUGUCAAGCCUGUUGUGUCUCUCCGCGAAAUUCAACAAGAAGAAUUAAGAAUCGCUAAUGAAAAGAAGCAAAAGCAAGCCAAGGCAACAGCCACUGUUCCUACAUGGGCCGCAUCCAACAGUACACCUCUCCAUACUACUACUACCACAUGGUCUCAACCUACUCAUAAACCUCUUUCUCUUCGUGAAAUUCAAGAAAUGGAAGCCAAAAAUGCCGAACUCAACAAGAAGGAAACCUCUGCAGCUGAAUACUUGUCUCAACAAGAAAGAUUAGCUAAUGCCACUCCUAGUAACUUGUCUUGGGGUGUUGUUGUUCCUAAUAGUAAGUCUAUUGUUACUCCUGCUAGCUCUUCCACCAGUAGCAAUUCUGCUGCAUGGAUUGCUCCUUCAGGACCCAAGAAGACAUUAAGAGAGAUCCAACAAGAGGAAGAGUUGGCCAUGAAAAAGAAGAAUGCCAAGGCUGUCAAGAGCAGUACUACUGCCGCCGCUAUUGCAGCAGCCAAUACACCAUCUAGCAGAUCUUAUGCUGUUCCUUCUGCUCCCUCUGCUGGUGGGGCUUGGACUACUGUUACGAGUACUCGUGCACCUAAACCUGUCACACCAGUUGCCACACCAGCUCCCGCACCUACUCCUGCUCCUGUUCGCUGGGAACCUGUUAAACCCGUAGUCACAGCACCUCGCACUCGUGGACCCAGUGAAGAAUUCCGUCGUUGGUGUAGAAAGGCCUUGCGUGAUUUGAAUUCUGGUGUUAACCAAGACGAAAUUGUUGACAUGUUGCUCUCUUUCCCUGUGGAUUCCAGCGCCGUUGAAAUUAUCGAGGACGUUAUUUAUGCCAAUUCUUUGAGAAUUGAUGGUAAACGUUUCUCCCAAGAGUUUAUGAAACGUAGAAAGGCUGAUUUAGCAGGAAGAUUAGAUAUUGUUACUGCUGGUCUCGAGGAGGAGGAUGAGGAUGAUUUCAAAGUAGUUCAAAAGAAGGGCAAAAAGAAGAACAUCGCUUAAAGUUUAUAAUAAAACAGUCCCUGCCCUUAAAAUCAUUUUCUACUUUUUUAAUAUUAUAUAUAUAUAAAAAAAAAAAAAA